AUGCCCUUUGAACCUUCAGAUUAUGCCACACCACCUAAGAAAUCCUGCCAUGUUGGAAACAGUGACGAAGACUAUGUUGAUUAUGCCACACCACCUAAGAAAUCCUGCCAUGUUGAUGAACACAGAAAUAGACCCAUCCCCAAUGUUGGUGGCUGUGAAAAGAAAGAACCUUACAGGUCAGGCAUCAAGUCUGCUACUAGUAACAUACAACCCAGUACUACCUGUCUCAUGGACGAGUGGCUGGCGUCUAAUCUGGCUCCCCCACCAGCAUCACAUACUGGUGAGAAAGUUUCCCUUAUAGAUAAGGGAACUGAAACAGGAGAAAUGGUUACCAUUCACAGCUAUCUUAGAAGCAAGCAAGGUGAUUUGGAAGAUGCAACAGAGGGUAUCAUAUAUGGUCCCUCAACACAGAACAAAAUCGAAAGAUGGUGGCGAGAAUUACUUGAAUGGAUGGAAAAGUUUUUAAAAGUCCAGUUGUCCACUCUUGCAGAAGAUGGAGACUAUGAUCCAAGUGAUGAAACUGACAGGAUGAUGUUGGCAUAUGUCUAUGUAACUGUUAUACAAAAAGAACUUGAUCUCUUCMGAACUUCUGUCUGGUAUAACCACAGAGUAAGAAGACAGAGGCAAAAGGAACUUCCCAUUGGAAUUCCUGAACAUAUUUACAUGUGCCCAGAUAAACAUGGUGGUGAGAAAUGUGGCUUUCAAAUAACAGAUCAAGACUUGGAAGAAGUGGCCGGGCUUUCRUGUGCACUUSACAAUACAGAUGACUUCUUAGAAGAUGCUUUUCGUCAAGAGUGUGCAAGGCAUAUUCCCAACACAGAUGAAAUUGAGCCUGAUCAGGCAGCAAAUGCAUAUUUGUAUCUUAAAGACAAUUUUGACGAAAACAGGUUGUUUUAA